AUGAACUCUUUCGUGGAGUACUCCAUCUGUAACCGUCCGGGGACCGGCGCCUACUCUGUGCCAAAGUCCGGGUACCCCCACGCGCACUUGCAUCCUCACCACCUCCCCCUGGACCAGCAUCACCAGGGGUUCCCCGCGGCCUCCGGCGCCUUCCACCCGGGCCUCUCCGGGGCCAGGGGCGACGGCAGCCCCGCGGGUCCGCUCAGCUACACGGCGGACGGGAGGAUCCAGAGCUUACCGGGCGGAGUGCUGCCUCCGUACGGCGGGGGGAGCACCGGGGGCAGCACCGGGGGCAGCACCGGGGCCUACUCGGGCCAGGCCACUAACUCUGAUUACAUGGCAGCAGGCCCCCCGGAGUCCCUCCUCCCUCAGUACUUCAUGGAGGAGUCGGUGGCUCCAUCAUACUACCACCAGUCCACCUUCCCCGGCUCGGGCUCCGCUGUGGGGCCCAGCUACGGGGCCCUGGCCGGGGCCUACUGCGGGCCUCAGGGCGCCCUGGCCGGGUCACAGUACCCGCAGCAGGCCGGCGGGGGUCUGGACGCAGCGGGAUACCUGGGGCUCACGCACGGAGGGGGCUACGGAGAGCUGCCGGGGUCUGGGGACCGGGACCGGGACCGGGACCGGGACCGUGAGGAUGAGGAAGGCCAGCAGGCCGGCGGGGGCCAGACCUUCGACUGGAUGAAGGUGAAGAGGAAUCCGCCCAAAACAGUGAAAAACUGCGACUUCGGCCUGGCGGGCGCUCACAACAGCGCCAUGCGCACCAACUUCAGCACGCGGCAGCUGACGGAGCUGGAGAAGGAGUUCCACUUCAGCAAGUACCUGACGCGGGCGCGGCGGGUGGAGAUCGCCGCCACGCUGGAGCUCAACGAGACGCAGGUCAAGAUCUGGUUCCAGAACCGACGCAUGAAGCAGAAGAAGCGAGAGAAGGAAGGCGUCUCCAGCACACGCUCCUCCGCCGCCUCCGCCGCCUCCGCCGCAGACGGCCGGGGCUUCAAGGAGCUGGAGGACACCGACCACUCCUCCACCUCCACGUCGCCCGGAGCGUCCCCCGACUCAGAGACGUAG